AUGCCACUGUCCUGGGCAGCGCCACCCUGGGCCAAUCAGAGCCGCGCACGCGAGCUGGAGUUCGUGCUGCUGGGUUUCGCGCACGUGCCCGCGCUCCGCCCGAUGCUCGCAGUGCUCUUCCUGGCAGCCUUCCUGCUCACCAUGUUGGGCAACUCGCUCAUCGUCCUGCUCACCUGCCUGGACGUAGGCCUGCGCACACCCAUGUACUUCUUCCUGCGCCAGCUGGCGCUGGUGGAGAUCUGCUUCUCCCUGGACGUGGCACCCCGUCUGCUGGUGACCCUGCUGCAGCCUGGACGCGGGGUGUCCCCCACGAGCUGUGCCCUGCAGAUGCUCCUUGUGCUGUCCUGUGUCACAUCUGAGUGCUUCCUCCUCACGGUCAUGGCCUGGGACCGCUUCCUGGCCAUAUGCAGACCCCUGCGCUAUGGCGCCAUCAUGAGCCCUCAGCUGUGCUACCUGCUAGCUGCUACCUGCUGGCUGGCUGGAAUCCCUGUUGCACUCGUCUUCACCAUCUGGCUGUUUAACUUCCCCUUCUGUGGGCCACGUGGCAUCAGACACUUCUUCUGUGACAUAGCACCUCUGCUGAGCCUGGUGUGUGCAGACACCAGAGUCUUCGAGGCCAAUGUGUUCGCGGCCACCGUCCUCGUCAUCAUGGUUCCCUUCUGUCUCAUAGCCGCAUCCUAUGUGAUGAUUCUGGCUGCUGUCCUUAGGAUGCCAUCAGCCUCUGGGCGCCACAAGGCGCUGUCCACCUGCGCCUCCCAUCUUAUAGUAGUAAUUCUGUUUUAUGGCACGACGGGGGUCAUCCACUUGCGCCCCAAGGCCAGCUACUCUCCUGAGAGCAAGCAAGUGGUGUCCCUGUCAUAUACCAUGGUGACCCCUAUGCUCAACCCUCUCAUCUACAGCCUGCGGAACAAGGAGGUCAAGGCUGCCCUUGGGCGUGUGUGCUGUGGACGCUAA